GCAUAUAUGGGUGUAUAUAUAAGCUAAUCCAGGGUAAGCUCCUAGCCAUAGCUAUUGCGUGUUAUAAUUCUGCUUCCUCUUCCAGUCAAUCAGUCGAUCGGGUUCCAUGGAGAUUAGGAGACAUGCUCUGGUGAUCGCCGUGGCGGUGGCGGUGAUCGCCUCUUUUGCUCGGGUGGCAGCGGCGGCGACGAGCUACACGGUCGGGGCUCCGGACGGGCUGUGGGACAUGCAAACCGACUACGCCGAAUGGGUUGCCGCCAGGACGUUCCACCCUGGCGACAACAUCACGUUCACGUACUCGCGGGAGCUGCACGACGUGGUGGAGGUGGGCAAGGCCGGAUACGACGCCUGCUCCAGCGCCAACAACGUCUCCGCCUUCCGCUCCGGCAACGACGUCAUUUCCCUCACCGCCGUCGGCACGCGCUACUUUCUCUGCGGCCUCACUGGCCACUGCGACAGCGGCAUGAAGAUCAGGAUCGACGUCGCCGCCACGACCGCUGGUCCCACGGCCGCGCCGCCGCCGACUACGUCCGCCGCAGGGAACACCGUCGCUGGAGCUGGGCGUGGGGCGCUCCUCGUGGCGCAGGCUCUCGUUGGCAGCAUGGCCUUCUGGUGACGUGUCCUCUAGUGAGCUCAUCUGUAUUGCUGCCUCUGAUUUUUUUUUUCAGUUCUUGUUUUACCGUGCAUUGUGAACUCGGAUGAUGAAAUUUGUUGUUGGGCACCAUGGUAGGUACACCAUGGAUCCCCAUUUUUGUGUCGGGAUUCCUACCAUCCUAUGUAAAACUUUC